GUCGUACAGCCGUGACGUCGGCGGUUGCCAUGGAGAGGCCCGCUCAGUCGCGACCGCGAGCUGGCGCCAGGGGCCGCGGGGUCGGAGCGUGGCUUUGAAGCUGCUUCCGCUACCACCAUGAGCGGCCGAAGUAGGGGUAGAAAGUCCUCCCGCGCCAAAAACCGGGGCAAAGGCCGAGGCAAAGCCCGAGUUCGCGCUGCUCCUGACGACGCCCCCCGCGACCCGGACCCAACACAGUGCCAGAGGCUCGGGGAGGAAACCCAGGCGGCACAGGUGCAGGCUGGCGCGGGUUGGGGUGGCCUGGAAACCGCUGCGCCCGCGCCGCCCCGUCGGCCCGGGGAGGAGGCUGCCUGCCGGCUCCCCCUGGAUUGUGGCCUCGCGCUCCGGGCCCGAGCUGCGGGGGGUCGCGGGCAGGCUGCGACCAGGCCCGGCCUGGGGAAGGCCACAUCCCUCUCGGAGCGCCUAGCGACAGAGACGGUCUUCGUGGGAACCGUGGGAAGGCCAAAAAAUGGCCCCCGCGUUGGAAAUCGGCGUGGUGCUGCUGGGAAGAAGGCCUCAGAAACCUGUAGCGCAGCGGGGAGAGUACCUCAGGCCCUAGCUGGUGGGAAGCUGAAGAAAGGGGCCACUGGGGAGAGCGUCUCCGCCCCUGUGGGAGAAGAAACGAAGGUGGAGAAGGAUGCAGGGUCAGGGCCCCUGGCGACAGAUGGCAGCAUGGAUACGCUGGAGACCGUCCAGCUGAAGCUGGAGACCAUGAACGCCCAGGCGGACAGGGCCUACCUUCGGCUCUCGCGCAAGUUCGGGCAGUUGCGACUGCAUCACUUAGAGCGCAGGAACCUCCUCAUCCAGAGUAUCCCAGGUUUCUGGGGGCAGGCUUUUCAGAACCACCCCCAGCUCUCAUCCUUUCUGAACAACCAAGAUAAAGAGGUUCUCAGCUACUUGAACAGCCUGGAGGUGGAAGAGCUUGGCCUCGCGAGAUUGGGCUACAAAAUCAAGUUCUACUUCGGGCGCAACCCCUAUUUCCAAAAUAAGGUGCUCAUCAAGGAAUACGGGUGUGGGCCUUCGGGUCAGGUGGUGUCUCGUUCUACUCCAAUCCAGUGGCUUCCGGGCCAUGAUCUCCAGUCGUUAAGCCAGGGCAACCCAGACAACAGCCGUAGCUUCUUUGGGUGGUUUUCAAACCACAGCUCCAUUGAGUCUGACAAGAUUGUGGAGAUCAUCAACGAGGAACUGUGGCCCAAUCCCCUGCAGUACUACCUUAUGAGUGAAGGGGCCCGUGCAGAGAAAGGAAAGGAGGGCAGGCAAGGUCCAGCAAGGCAGCCAGUGGAGACCCCUGAGCCUGGGGCAAACAAGUCCAACUGAUCCUGCACUAGUUUCCCUACUACCUCCUGUUGGACCUGUGCCUAGCUAACCACGUGUGUUUGGCCGUCUGCCUUCUCUUCAUGUUGGCCUCUGUGCACUGUAUUCCCUUUGGACUUCAGUUACAAGAAUAUGGUAUUUAUGAUCAUGUUCUUUGGCCCCCUCGUGGCCUUGCUUUUUUCACAUUAGUGUUACACGUUAAAUGAUCUCACCCCUACUGUUUAUACGUUAAGCACACAUGCUUCAAGUGUGUGCUGCCUUUGUCUACAUUGCCUGGACCGUGUUCUUGGCUCUGGCCUUUCCCAGCUGUCUUUAACAUGGACACUCAUGAGUCAUCCUCCACAAGGACCAGUGCAUCCUCGAGCUCUGCUGCUCCAGGGCCAGUGACUUGCUGAGCUUUGUGUUCAUGCUGGCCAUGUGUGCCAUCUGUGGCAAAGUCUUCUGUUGCCACUGCAAAAUGAAGCUAGCACAUAUGGUAUUGGCCAUCAGCCAAAACUGAUUGUUCCAAGGCCCUGGGGCCACCAGCCAAGGUUCCACCACCUACUGGAUCUCUGGCUUUGGCUAGGGGCCUAUGCUGCCCUGCUGGAUGUGUGGAAUAGCACUUGACUGCUGGGCAUGGAUGAGGUUAAGGGUGAGAAGCGUAAUGCCAUGUGUUCUAUACCAUUAUGCGUCUCUUCCUGCCUCUGGGUCCUUAUGAUGAACAUUCAUCAGGGUCAACACCGUACCCCAUCACUGUCAGGCCACUGAGAUUUGUCUAGGUUGCUAUUGGCCCCACUUGGCUUCCCAGUCAAUGAGGACCUCAAGAACUGCCUGUGGACCAAGGCCCCCUGCCAGUGCAUGAGACACACACCUACCUUCCCCAGCCUUCUAGGAACCCUACUGCUUGCCAGACUGAUGGGCGGGUAUGUGACAUGUGCUCACUGUCAUCGUGCUGCGGCUCCAGGUGAGAGUGAGGACUGGACCCACAUACAAUCUAGGCUGCAACAAGGACCAGAGUGCUGUUGGCAUGUUGGUGAGGCAGCCCCCAGGGCCUGGCCCAAGAACGUUCACUCAUCUGUUAUUGGUCGCUGACCACACUCGGCACAGGGCAGUCGGAGUUGAACCAGACACUGUCCCUGCCACCAACAAACUCGCGGCCUCGGAAUGGAGUCCUCGAAACGGCCCACGAGGCCGUGAGAAUGUGAACAGAGCGCCAGGGGUGUGGCGAGGCCAGCCCAGGGUCUGCCCGGGCCAGGCUCCUGAGGCCAGCCUGCUUGGCUCUUAGCGGACACCAUCAGCCAAAGAAGAUGGGAAAUAACUCUUGUGGGGGAGUUAAAGCUAUGGCCUCAUAGGCCCGACUCUGCUGUGUUUUACCUUAAGCCAGUCACUAAAUUUUCCUGAGGUUGUUGCCUUAACAGUCAAGCAGAGCUUAUCAAGCUUCCCCACAGAGUGCGUGAAAGCGCUUUAUAAACCAGAACGUGUGUCCGCAGUUGAGCCACCCAGUGAGGCUGGCAGGCAACAGAAUCAAGACGUGUCACCAUGAAGAGAAUGUGGGCUGAGGGGACGCACGGAGUGAGGCGCUGAACUCAGGGAGAGAUCAAGCGCGUCUCUAUGAUCCUGAGGGCCACUCUUCAGGGAUAGGACUAUCGCGGGUGUCUCCUUUCAGCUUAAGUUGGCAGAAAAACGCAGGCUCUCCCGGAUGCUGGGGUCAACCAUCUCGGGAUGGGAGUCAACAGUCAAAAUUCCAAUCCCACAUCCCGGUCUAAAGAAAAGACUCAAUUCGUCUGCUUGGUGGUGAUUUUUUCCACUCUCCGAAAGCUCAGUAAUAUUUGACAAACCAGGCUGCAUCACCAUGGAGACGUGAACCGGCUGGCGCUUUCUCGGGCGGCACCACAUAGGACAGACACACAGAGAACGGGAGGAGGCAAUGUGACCACAGAGGUAAAGAUGGAAGUGAUGUACACACAAGCCAAGGAGCACUGGAGCUACCAGAAGCUGGAAGAGGCAGUGGAUGGAUAUUCCCUUAGAUAAAGUAUGGCCCUACCACCUUGAGUUUGGACUUUUGGCUUCCAGAACUGUGAGAGAAUACAUUUCUCAAACCCCCACAUUUACGGUCAUUUGGUACAGUAGCCACUGGAAACGAAGGCACCUGCCAUGAUGAUUACAAAUCUACUGGUUCUUCCUGUCAUUCAAGGCUCAGCUUAAAUGCCACCUCCUCAGAUGUACCUCCCCUGAUUGCCUAUCUCAGGAUGGCUCUGUUGACUCCUCAUUUAUUCUUUGGGUUUUCCCAGAAGGAGGGAGUGGUCAAGCAGUUGCAUACUACUACAAGGAGAAGAAAGAUAAUUAUUGAGAGCUGAGGAUACGAGGGGAGCAGGGACUAAAUCCAGGCCAUUGGACUGCAGGGCUUGUGUCCUCUCUCACCAAGCUGUACUGCCCCUCGACAGUGUGAAACAAUACUACUAAAUGGCUGUGUGACAACAUAGGAUAUAUUCUUUUGUCCCCCAAUAUACUUGCAGAAUUGCAGAGACCCUUGCUGCAUUUUACCCCCUUACCUUCCUCGACAGUCUCAUCCCUCCUGUUGAGCUUGUACACAGGGGCAGAGGAAGCAGAAAUGGGAAAUGAUUGCUCACUUUCACCCACGUGACAUAGGCAUUCUGAAGGAUGAAGAGAGCGAGACAGGGCCGAUGGCUAUUAAACAAUCAAAACCGAUGGUCCACAAGGUGCACAAUUGGACACGGACUUAUACCUUGGUGUGCUAUUUAGGAGUGGCGAUUAAAUGCGUGUUAUCAACA